UCGACCUUUACAGGAGCCACGGGUUUUGUUCAAGGUCACCCCGGAGGUGAUGGAUGAGUCACAGGAGAACCCAGCCUCCUGCUUCUCAAUCCUGGGCGCCCCCCUUCUCACCGUGACAGUCACCCCCACAGCCAGGCCUUCCCGUGGUUGAAUUGCAAAACACGCAUUUUGGGGAAACUUACACGUGUUUGACAAGCACCAGAAGUGACAGCGCUUCUCCGUUUCCGUGCAGCUCUGGUCUUCGCAGUGUUUGCGGCUCUAGGAACAAAACCUCCAGAAGCUGAACAAGGAAGCAGCCGCGCAGAGAAAAACAGAAGUGGGAGCUGGGGCCCGGCCUCCCCGUGAGGAGGACAGAAGCCGUGGGCCCAGCAGGCCGGGCGCCGCUGCCCGUGACCUCCGAGGCGCAGAGAUGACCCCGCAGGGCCGGGCGUCCGGGCUGCCCGCAGCCCUGCUGCUGCUCUGGGUCCCAGGCUGUUUGUCUCUGAGCGGCCCCAGGCGCGUGACGGGCACCGUGGGGGGAUCGCUGAGCGUGCAGUGUCGGUACGAGAAGGAGUACACAAACCAUAACAAAUACUGGUGCAACGGCUUCUGUCUGGUGAAGAUUGUGGAGACCACAGAGUCAGAGAGAGAAAUGAGGCGUGGCCGCGUGUCCAUCAGGGACCACCCAGCAAACCUCACCUUCACAGUGACCUUGGAGAGCCUCACAGAGGACAAUGAAGGCAAAUACAGUUGUGGGAUCGAUAGACCAUGGAGAGAAAAACUUACAGACCUCACCUUCCAGGUUGUGGUGUCUGUGUCCCCAGCAGCAACCUCCAGGCCAGCUACAACUACAACUACAACUACCGCUGCAGCCACGACCUCCACAGCCACGGCCCAAACUCCAACUGUGUCCUCAGCCCCGGCAGGGAAUGUCACCCGCAGCAAGAACAGCCAGGACAGCGCCCCGCCGAGCCCGGACCUCGGGCUCCCUGUGCUGCUCAUCCUGUUGGCGCUUCUGCUGCUGCUCCUGGGGGGGGCCUCGCUGCUGGCCUGGAGAAUGGUGCGGAGGCGGGUCAAAGCUGGUGGGAAUCCGGAGCCCCUCCAGAACCACUGUCAGGCCGCCCCGCAGAGCGAGCCCUGCUAUGCCAACCUGGAGCUGCAGCCGAGGCCCCUUCAGGGAGAGCCCGAGCACCCGCGGCAGGAGGAGGUGGAGUACAGCUUGGUGCAGCCCCCCAGGGAGGACCUGCACUACUCCACGGUGGUGUUCACCGCCCAGCACCGCGACCCUGAGGACCAGAGUCCCUCCCAGAGGCCCCCGCGGCAGGAGCCAGAGUACAGCGUGGUUAGGAAGACGUAGUGCCUCCGCUUCCCCGCCUGGAGGUCUCUGUGGGGAGCCCAGGGCCGCCCCCCAUUCCCCCACGUGCCCCUCAGCCCGCUCCCCUCCAACAAGGCGGCUGCGGGCUGUCCCUCUGGCCUGGGACCUGCGGGACACCCUCCCAUGGCCGGCUCUCCACACCUUCCCCGUUUCCCUGCCUCACUCCAGCUGUGCGUGGCGCUCAGCCCGCGGGAUCCGGGACAAGGAGGCGCACACAGACUGUCCCUCCGAGGAGCUCGUAAGGCCGUGCAGGUGUCCGGCUGGCCGGGGAGGGAGAACCGGCCGAGAGCGGGGAACCCCCGGCGCUGAGAGCGGACCCCUCUUCUCCAGGCGAGGAGGCGGAGGCCGGGGAGCCGCUGCCCGGGCCCAGACCCAGCAGGGGCCUGUCCUGGGCCCCCCUGGACGCUGAGCGAGGCUUAGUUUGGUACAAGAGACGGCAAUAAAGGUGACACCAUCUUGAG